AAUAAAAUAAACAUCCCGAACAGAAAUAUUAGUUGUAUAUACUGCUUAUCAAGGAUAAAAAAGAACUAUGCUGUCUGUUAACUUAUCAAUGACAGAAGUCACAACUGCCGCUAACUUUAGCUUUGGACCUGCAGAAGUUUUUACCGGACGCCCGGAAUAUGCCGUAAUCGUUCCAACAAUUUGGGCUCUUCUCGUUAUUCUCGGGGUGAUUGGAAAUGGUUUGGUAAUAUACACACUGAGUAAAAAUGGAGAAACAACAGCCACCAAUUGCUACAUUGUUAACCUAGCUAUCGCGGAUCUAACAUUUCUUGUAGUUGUAAUUCCAUUCACUGCCUCAUUUUACGCAACACCAGUCUGGAUUUUUGGAGAUUUUAUGUGCAAAUUUGCCAUGUAUAUGAUUUAUGUGACCUUACAUGCAACAUCUUUUACUCUGACAGCCAUGACGAUUGAUCGAUACCAUGCCAUCGUUCAUCCAUUAAGUUCGAUGAAUUGGAGAAAUAGAAAGAUAUCUACAAUUACCUGUAUCUUUGUAUGGGCAGUUGCCUUUUUCAUAUCUGUUCCAUUUGCUCUAUACCACAAAACUGUCACUGAAGAAGAAGAUCAUACAUAUUGUCAGGAAGCAUGGCCAGACGAGACACUGGGGAAAGUAAUUCUCAUAACAGUCACAGGGACUAACUACGUCUUACCAUUAACCAUCAUUGUUAUAUGCUAUUAUCAGAUUCUUCGCAAUUUAUGGAGAGGCUACAGACGAAAGACAGAAAGAUCCAUAAACUCAGCAGUAACAAGUGAAACACAAACAAGAAGAAAGAAGCGUAUGACGCGUAUGGUAGCAAUCAUAAUAUUGUUGUUUGCUACAUUCUGGUUUCCGAGUCACGUUAUCAAUAUUUAUACCAAACUUUAUCCCGAAUUCCCUAGAACCGAACCUAUGUUUAUUAUCAAAGUCUUAGCACACACAUUAUCAUACGCAAAUUCAUGUGUAAAUCCAUUCAUUUAUGCGUUUUUAAAUGACCGCUUUAAAAAGUCGUUCGUUAAAACAUUCCCAUCACUCAGCUACUGGUUCCCUUGUAUGCGAAAUAUUAUUGAAGAGAUGGAACAUACCCGGACUACCAACAUGGUGGAUCAAGCAAUUCAAGCAGGAGCAGAUGACAACGAUAAUGACCACGUUGAGGAAAACUGUAACCACAUUCAACUUCAGAAAUUACAGGAAACCAGUUUGCUUUAAGAGACAUGAGAAUAUUGGUGCUACAUACAUUCAGUGAGAUAUUAAAACAGUUGUAAACUGUAAAAGAUACGUGUUCAAACUACAAAUGUUUUUUUAUAUAUGUAUAACUCUACUAUAAUU